ACCCGCCCCUCCCCAGAGGACAGCGUCCAGCUCCUCUCGGGGGCUGCCUGCCCGCUGCUCCUUCUCUGCCCACCUACUAUGAGGAGCAGCUCCUCCCACCUGCACAUAAAAGCCAAGUGCAUGUUACCAGCAGCAGAUCAGAGCACUUUCCCGGUCCUCUCCUGUGGGAGCCCCUGAGCCUCUCUGCCCGGAUCUUACGUGCUCAAGGAGCAGUUCUGCAGGUGGAGCAGCCUCUGCUGAGGAGACAGAGCCCAGCCCCGUUGUGUCACCAAAAGGCAGGAGCAGGGACCGUGGUCCUCAGUUCUGCAAGCCGGCCAGGUCUAACUGUGUCUGUACAGUGUUCCCCAACUUUGAGGUUCUUUGGAGUGAUUUGGGAAGUACCACCACGCCACUGUGACCACCAGAAAUAUCCUCAGGUGAUGGCUGGGCCGCCCACCCCUCUGCAGCUGCUGGGAGUGCUGCUUACCAUUGCCCUGGGCUACGUUAGGCUCAUUCAGGCUGGUGCCUACUAUGGGAUCAAGCCACUGCCACCUCAAAUUCCUCCUCAGAUCCCACCGCAAAUUCCGCAGUACCAGCCUCUGGGCCAGCAAGUACCUCACAUGCCUUUGGGCAAAGACGGCCUCACCAUGGGCAAAGAGUAUCCACAACUACCCCAAUAUAUGAAGGAAAUUCCAUCGGGGCCAAGAAUGGGCAAGGAAGCAGCACCCAAGAAAGGCAAAGAAAUACCGUUAGCCAGUUUAAGAGGGGAACAAGGUCCCCGUGGAGAGCCUGGCCCCAGAGGACCCCCUGGGCCCCCUGGUUUACCAGGCCAUGGGAUACCUGGAAUCAAAGGAAAGCCGGGGCCACAGGGAUAUCCAGGAAUUGGAAAGCCAGGUAUGCCUGGAAUGCCAGGAAAACCAGGAGCCAUGGGAAUGCCUGGGGCAAAAGGCGAAAUUGGACCCAAAGGGGAGAUCGGGCCCAUGGGGAUCCCAGGACCACAAGGACCUCCGGGGCCUCAUGGACUUCCUGGCAUUGGGAAGCCAGGAGGGCCAGGGUUACCAGGGCAACCAGGAGCAAAGGGUGAUCGAGGACCCAAAGGACCACCAGGACCUCCAGGCCUCCAGGGUCCUAAAGGAGAGAAGGGCUUUGGGAUGCCAGGUUUGCCAGGGCUGAAAGGUCCUCCAGGGAUGCACGGCCCUCCAGGCCCUGUUGGACUUCCAGGAGUGGGCAAACCAGGAGUGACAGGCUUCCCUGGGCCCCAGGGCCCUCUGGGAAAACCAGGCCCUCCAGGAGAACCUGGGCCACAGGGCCCUGUUGGAGUACCAGGGAUUCAAGGACCUCCUGGGAUACCUGGAGUUGGAAAACCAGGCCAGGACGGAAUCCCUGGACAGCCAGGAUUUCCAGGUGGCAAAGGGGAGCAAGGACUGCCAGGACUGCCAGGACCUCCAGGACUUCCAGGGAUUGGGAAACCAGGCUUCCCUGGAGUCAAAGGUGACCGUGGCGUGGGGGGUAUUCCUGGGCCUCUUGGGCCAAGAGGGGAGAAAGGACCAGUAGGUGCCCCUGGAAUAGGAGGGCCCCCAGGAGAACCAGGCCUGCCUGGAAUCCCAGGUCCUAUGGGCCCUCCAGGUGCUAUUGGUUUUCCAGGACUCAAAGGAGAGGUUGGGGCUGGGGGGCCACAGGGACCGCCAGGUCCCAAGGGUGAGCCAGGACUUCAAGGCUUCCCAGGAAAGCCAGGUUUCCUUGGUGAAGUGGGGCCCCCUGGCGUAAGGGGUUUGCCAGGUCCCAUAGGGCCCAAGGGGGAGGCUGGGCUCAAAGGUUUACCAGGGCUCCCUGGGGCUCCAGGGCUGCUUGGACCUAAGGGAGAACCUGGAAUCCCAGGGGAGCAGGGUUUACAAGGCCCCCCAGGCAUCCCAGGGAUUACAGGCCCUAGUGGCCCCAUUGGUCCACCUGGAAUCCCAGGCCCCAAAGGGGAACCAGGCCUCCCAGGCCCCCCUGGGUUCCCUGGAGUAGGGAAACCGGGAGUGGCAGGACUUCAUGGCCCCCCAGGGAAGCCUGGUGCCCUUGGUCCUCAAGGCCAGCCUGGUCUUCCGGGGCCCCCAGGCCCUCCAGGGCCCCCAGGCCCUCCAGCUGCAAUGCCCCCUACACCACCACCCCAUGGAGAGUAUCUGCCAGAUAUGGGGCCGGGGAUUGAUGGCGUGAAAGCUCCCCAUGCCUACGGGGUUAAGAAAGGCAAGGACGGAGGGCCAGCCUAUGAGAUGCCUGCAUUUACUGCUGAGCUGACUGCACCUUUCCCCCCGGUGGGGGCCCCAGUGAAGUUUGACAAAGUUCUCUAUAACGGCAGACAGAACUACAACCCACAGACAGGCGUCUUCACCUGUGAGGUCCCCGGUGUCUACUACUUUGCCUACCAUGUUCACUGCAAGGGGGGCAACGUGUGGGUUGCUCUGUUCAAGAACAACGAGCCCAUGAUGUAUACAUAUGACGAGUACAAAAAGGGCUUUCUGGACCAGGCGUCCGGGAGUGCGGUGCUGCUGCUCAGGCCCGGGGACCGGGUGUUCCUCCAGAUGCCCUCAGAACAGGCUGCAGGACUCUACGCCGGGCAGUACAUCCACUCCUCAUUUUCAGGAUAUUUAUUAUAUCCCAUGUAAAAGAAAAGGAAGAGAGAUUAAAUAGAAGAAAAAAAGUGACAAUGACGCACCAAAAAAUCCAAAUGAAAAACACACAACCGCUUCAAAAUGUUUAUACAGUUGGAAAGUUAUAUUGAAGUGAAAAUUUGGACCAUCAUGUACAAAUAAAAACUCAAAUGCAUGUUUAAUGCUCUGCACAGCAGCUUGUAAUUGAAAAUAAUGGGAAGAAAUUUAUGUAUCAGAUACUGACGUGUGUUGUACCCACUGGAAUCGUAUUUGCUGAUGUAUGUUAUAUGCUUCCAUGGUAACCUGCUUACUCAGAUCAGUCAAAAUAUUUCCGUAUGAAGGAUCAUAGCUAAUGAAAGUCACUCAUAUUGUUUAUUUUCAAAUAUCUAUAAGUACAGCUUAAAGACACAGAAAUGAGAACAAUUGCAUACCGUAUUUACUUGCAUAAUUUCCUCUGUAUUUGUGCAGACACUUUGACAUGGUUGGGGGGGAGCUGGGUAUUACUGCCCCAGCAGGAGUGUAUGGGAUCGAGCGGUUGGGGGGCGGAGGGGGGAACCAUGACACUGCUUUAGUCCAAAGGAUACUUCUUUCUUGUCAGAGGCCGUGUCAAUUAGCAAUGGGAGUCCUACUCAAAAUUGGGUCUCUCUAGAGACCCUGGGUGGUGCAAAUCGUUAACCACUCAACUAUUAGCUAAAAGGUUGACAGUUCAAGCCCACCCGGAGGCACCUCAGAAGACAGAGCUGGUGAUCUGCUUCCAAAAACGUCAGAGCCUUGCAAACCCUAUGGAGCAGUUCUACUCUGACACACAUGGGGUCACCAUGGGUUAGAAUCACUUCAACAACCACCAGCAACAGGGUCUCUAAAAGGACAGGUGAACCAAUCAACCAUUGUGCAUUUACUCAGUGCCCUCUGUGUGCCCAGCACUGCACGGGACACUUUUGUGGGGUAUCAGACAGUGCCCCCCAAGGAGCUAGCAAGCCAGGUGGGAGACAGGAGCAGUGAUUUACUCAUCUGUUCCUCAAAGUCGGAUUUUUUUCUUUCUGAUUUUUUUUUUCUCUCCAUGUAAUUUCUACUGUGACCCAACUAUUAUAAACACUUGGAAGUUAUUAGAAAAAAAUAAUAAUAACCUCUCCCUCAAUAACUUUCCAGUUUUGUGGAAUGUUUACUAUCAAUAGAAGUUAGUAACUGUGUUUACGUGCAUAUAAAAAUCCCUCCCCUGCUUGACUACACACGUAAAUGACCACAAUGAAGUUGCAACCGUGAAGGACAUACCAAUAUUUCACAGUAGCUUUUAAGUUUCAAACGAAUUUUCCUGUAGUAUAUAUGUAAGUUGACUCAUCCUCUGAGGUUCCGGAGUAGAUUUUCAAAAUCCACACCAGUCCUUAUUUGGGAGAAAAAGUUUCAGGAUUGCAUAGCAAACUACAUUUUUAUUUGAAAAAACAAUUUCGCAAGUUUAAAAUCUGAAAAUGGAUGUGCUGCUUCCUGGUGUAGGUACUAAAAUUGUAAGUGAAGAACUAUUUUUUAGGAGCAAUCUGUGUGGGAGCCAUCUAGAAUGUCAAAGGGCAAAGACCAUCCACGCUUUUUAAGUUGCCUCGUAUCCAGCCCAUCGAGAGCCAGCUGGGCCCCAUACAUGUUUGUAAAAGAGAAAUAAAUAUUUUUCCAGAUUUUCACUUAGGCACAUGCUAACUGCUUCAGGUAUUCUAAUCUGGCCUCAAAACACAGAAGCCAUUUCAAGUCUGUUCUUCGCUUGCUGCUGAUACGAUGAGCUACUAGGGGAAUUAUGUGGGAUUGUGGUGGUAGAAUCUUGUUACCUUUUCCUCAAAAUUAGAUGGAUACAGAUGGGAAAAUACACAAAUAAAUAUGGUAUAAAUGCACGUGGAAA